AUGACUGAGAAGGCGUCUGUGGACGUGAUCUCUCACGAUGAGAAUGUGGUUCCACCCACCAAGGAAGAGCUGGUCGAGGAGACUGAGCGCCGUCAGUCGCUGGCGGUCAACCUGAUCGAAAACCCUCUGAUGCGCAGCACCAGAGAGCAGGCCGUCUUCAAUGCCCGGACUUUCGCCGAGUCACACAACAUGUCCGAGCAUGUCGAUCUGUUUGGUCGGGCCGCUCUGGUCGCCCGUGACCCCCAUCGAUUCGAGUCAAUUACCGAGCUCGAUGAUCAGGAGCGGCACGCCCUCGCCUACGAGAGGGAUCACAAAUGGCACGGCCCGAAGAUGCUCUGGUACUCCAUCGGUCUGUGUGCCGUCGGAGCCGCCACUCAAGGUUGGGAUCAGACUGGUUCCAAUGGUGCCAACUUGUCUUUCCCCCAGGAAUUUGGUUUGACGGGUAAGGGCAGAGAUGAGUGGAUUGUGGGAAUUGUCAAUGCCAUCAUCUUCUUGACUGCUGGCCUUGUUGGUGCUUUUAUCGUCGACCCACUGAACCACUACCUGGGCCGACGCGGCGAGAUCUUUCUCACAGCCCUCUGUCUUACUGCCACUCCAAUUGGAUCAGCUUUUGCCCAGUCCUGGCAGGGACUGUUUGCUGCGCGUUUUGUCAUGGGUAUUGGUAUCGGGGCUAAGAAUGCGACUGUACCAAUUUACUCGGCUGAGAUGGCUCCCGCUCGCAUUCGGGGUGCUCUCGUGAUGUUCUGGCAGCUUUGGGUUGUCGCAGGUAUUUUCCUCGGCUUCUGCGCCAAUGUCAUUGUCAAGGACACCGGUGCCAUCUCGUGGCGUCUGCAACUCGGCUCGGCAUUCAUCCCCUCCUUUAUUCUCGCCGUUGGCAUCUACUUCUGCCCCGAGUCUCCUCGCUGGCUCAUGAAGAACGGCAGACACUCCGACGCAUUCAAAUCGAUGAUGCGCCUGCGAUCCCAUCCCAUUAUCGCCGCCAGGGACUUCUACUACUCGUACAUCAUCUAUGAGGAGGAAUUGAAGGAGGCUCGUGGUGCUGGCUAUUUCGCUCGUCUGUGGGACUGCUUCGCCGUGCCUCGGAUUCGCCGGGCCAACUACGGUGCCUCAACGGUCAUGAUUGCGCAGCAGAUGUGUGGUAUCAACAUCAUCUCGUUUUACAGCUCCACCAUUUUUGAAAAUGUCGGCUACUCCGCAACCGAGUCUUUGUACGCAUCUCUUGGAUACGGUGCCAUCCAAGUUGUUGCGACUAUCCCGACGUUGUUCCUUAUUGACACCAAGGGUCGACGAACGCUGACGUUAAUUACUUUCCCCGGCAUGUGUAUUUUCCUGCUUGCUGCAGGUCUUUCUUUGUUGAACGACAGCGGGAGUCGUGGUGCUCAAAUUGGACCUGUUGUUCUGUUCGUCUACCUGUUCACUAUCUGCUACUCGCUGGGUGAAGGACCCGUCGCAUUCCAGUACUCCGCCGAGGUCUUCCCCACCAUCCAGCGUGAGCAGGGCAUGGCUUGGGCCGUGUGCAUCAACAACACCUUUGCCGGUGUGCUAAGCUUCACAUUCCCUCGCAUGAAGACUGUCAUGACACCGACUGGUGCCUUCGGCUUCUAUGCUGGACUCAAUCUGCUCGCUUGGUGCAUGAUUUUCUGUUUCGUCAGAGAAACCAAACAGCUGACUUUGGAAGAGCUGGACCAGGUCUUCUCCGUUCCGACAAAAAAUUUCAUCCACUACGAAUUGACCGUGUGGCUUCCUUGGUUCAUCAAGCGAUACAUCUUCCGACAGAACAUUCCCCGCCCUCCGCCGAUUAUCGCCACUGCUGAGAAGGCCGAGAGCAUCCACAUCAAGGGUGUUUAG